AUCGGUUGUGACUCUAUCACCAUGUUCAGUCCACGCUAGCUUUUUUUUUGGAAGUAUUGAUUGAUUUUUUUUUUUUCUUUCCUUCUUUUUACCUUUGGACUUACAAACAGAGGGGGGAAACACUCUGUCUGUUGGAGCAACAUGUCUGGCUAUGUGCUCACCAGAGAUGCUAAAUGAAAUCAGUUAAAACUCGAAUUCAGACAUCGGUGAGCCUCCACGGACAGUGAGAUGAUUUCUGGAGGAACGAAGGAUGAGGAGUGACGCGAUGGCGCUCGGUUACGGCUCCAAGAAGUCAGUCUCAUGUGACCAGGUGGUCAUUCCUGCUUCUCUGGACAAUGGGGUAGGAGCUGGUGGACAAGCUGUGGCUCCGCCCACCAGGAAGACCUGGUCCAAGUGUAAAUGUCUCCUGGCCGUCAUCAUGAUCGUCGUCCUCAUAGCGGCAGGAGCAGCACUGGCCUGGUACUUCUUGGAAUACAGGGUUUGGGUGUUGGAGCCUCGCGUCCAGCAGCAGUACACGGCCUACGUGUCCAUCAUGAACCGGAACUUCACAGCUGAUCUGUCCUCUCACGACAACGCUGCAUUCAAGAAAGAGGCCAAGGGAGUUCAGAAACUGAUAGAGAAGAUAAUGAAGGGCUCGAGUCUUUCUCGCUACUUCAACUCCACCACCGUCUUCGCCUUUGGGGAGGGGAGUGUCGUGGCUCACUUCUGGAUAGUGAUGUCUGUGCCAGGCAGCCAUGUUGGGAGGGUCACACUGGAGAAGGUCACCGCGAGCCUGGAGAAAGGCCUGAGGUGGUACGGAAGGUCGGGGGAGGAGGAGACGGCGUGCCUCGGCGGAUACAUCCUCCACCUCCCCUCGCUGUCCGUCAGCGACACUGACUACAAAGUCAUAGAGCUUUUGAAAGCCUCAUUUGACUGUUACCGCUACCAGAAGGUGGUGUCCAGCAGCCCCGUGGCUCUCCGUGGCCCCAACACGCAGCGCUCCUCCUGCCUGUGGCACCUCCAGGCCGUCCCCGGCUCCCAGCUGGAGCUCCACAUGGAGUGGCUGCUGCCGGACUGUCGAGACAGGCUGCUGGUGUACAACUCCCUCACCCCCACAGAUACCCAGCUCAUCACAUCUGUGUAUGGCUGCAGCAGACACGAGCGUGUGGUGCGUGUCCUGUCCUCGGGCGAGUGGAUGACGGUGGUUUGGAAACAGGGUCUGUACAACUACAAGGACCCCUUCUCUCUGUCGGCACAGGCCUGGUACCGCCAGGACUGUAACUCCACCAUAGAGCUCACGGCAGCUUCAGGGAUCCAGGGGACACUGAGGACACCUUUCUUCCCCAGCUACUACCCCCCUGACACCAACUGUAGCUGGAGCUUCACUAUGCCCGGGGUGGGGAUGGGCUUGUCUCUAGAAUUUGAGGGCUAUGAGCUGAGCCGAGCCAGCUACAACGAGGUCUGUACCCAGGGGCAGUGGAUCAUCCAGAACCGCAGGCUGUGUGGUACCAGAGGCCUGCAGCCGUACAACGAGCGCCUCCUCCUGCUCCCCACGACAGCCACGGUCGUCAUGACGUCAGAGGUGUCGCUCACAGGGCCGGGCCUUCAGCUGCACUACAGAGUCUUCAACCUGUCCGAUCCUUGUCCCGGUCAGUUCCUGUGCUCCACUAACGGCCUGUGUGUUCCUGCCUGUGAUGGAAUCAAGGACUGUCCCAACGGGCUCGAUGAGAGGAACUGCGUGUGUGUGGCCAAGUUCCAGUGUCCAGAGGACAGUCAGUGUGUCGACUACUACAAGGUGUGUGACCAACACCCGGACUGCCCCGAGGCAACAGACGAGAUGAACUGCACAACUGGUGUGCAGUGUACAGAUAUGACCUAUGUGUGCGCCGAUGGAACCUGCUUGAAGAAGCCGAAUCCAGAGUGCGACUCUGUCACCGACUGCCCCGACGCCUCUGAUGAGAAACAGUGUGACUGCGGCCUGCGGCAGUUCUCCAGCCGCAUCGUGGGAGGGACCAACGCCACGGAGGGGGAGUGGCCGUGGCAGGCCAGUCUGCAGGUGCGGGGCACCCACAUCUGCGGCGGCGCUCUUAUCGCCAACCAAUGGGUGAUUUCCGCUGCCCACUGUUUCUAUGACGACCGUCUCUACUCUCCCUCGGCGUGGACUGUCUAUCUGGGUAAACUCCUGCUGAACCGCAGCAGCCCGACUGAAGAGGUGGCACGAGUUCAACGCAUCCACCUUCAUCAGUACUACGACGAUGACACCCACGACUACGACCUGGCCCUGCUGAAGCUGGACCGGCCCGCCUCCCUGCAGAUGGCUGGACACGCUCGACCCGCCUGCCUGCCUCCUCCCACCCACCAGCUGGAGCCGGACCUGCUCUGCUGGGUCACCGGCUGGGGGGCUCUCAACGAGGGAGGCAGUUCCAGCAACGUGCUGCAGAAGGUGGACGUUCGCCUGGUCAGCGAGGAAGCCUGCAUUCGCUCCUACGGCCACCUGGUCACUCCCAGAAUGCUUUGCGCCGGUUACCGCAGUGGAGACAAAGAUGCCUGUCAGGGAGACUCCGGCGGUCCGUUGGUUUGCCAGGAGCCGUCGGGUCGCUGGUUCCUGGCCGGGGUGGUGAGCUGGGGCAAAGGCUGCGGGCGUCCAGACUACUACGGCGUCUACACUCGCAUCACCAGGCUCACUGACUGGAUCGAGCAGAUCAUCAACAGCCCCUGAGACGUUGUGGGAUCAUCAUCAUCAUCAUCAUCAUCAUCCUUAAAUCAAUAUCCUCAUAACAGCUCGGUGCAAAGGAAGAUGUUAUCCAUGCGAGGAUAAAAAAAAAGCACCGGCAGAUGGCUUUGAGACGGCCUUCUCUGUCAGACAGCAAGGUGGCAAAGCAUGAAAGGCCUCCGAAAUCAUAAUGAAGCUAAAAAUAAUCAACUGUAUUUAUGUGGCACCUUUCAGAAUUGAUAUUGUAAAGUGUUGAUUCAGCUUGCAGUUAAAAGAAAUAUGUAAAAAAAAAACAACUUAUAAUAUGAUAAAGUUUUAUUAAGAAUGGUAAUAGAACUCAUUUUUGAAAUGUAAUGAUAGUUCUCGGACAAUUUUACGUUGUACAUGUCAUGCUGUCAGGCUGAUAAGUUGCUCCCUUUUAGACUGAAUCUUCUUUAUUUUAAACAUUUUGGACUUAAAGCAUUUUUCCACAAUAAAACGUCUUUCUGUU